AUGAACACCAACCUCGCAAUGCUGCCUCUCCUCUCCCUCCUCCUCCUCCUCGCCGCCUCCCCGGCCGCCGCCUUGGUCCAGGACUUCUGCGUGGCCGACCUGAAAUCCGCCGACACGCCCGCCGGCUACCCGUGCAAGUCGGUCACCUCCGUCACCGUAGAAGACUUCGCCUUCGCGGGCCUGGGCGCCCCCGGAAACACCACCAACAUCAUCAAGGCCGCGGUCACGCCCGCGUUCGUGGGCCAGUUCCCGGGCUUCAACGGGCUGGGCCUGUCCAUGGCCCGGCUGGACCUGGCCCUGGGCGGGGUCAUCCCGCUCCACACCCACCCGGCCGCAUCCGAGGUCCUCUUCGUGGCCCAAGGGACCAUCUGCGCGGGCUUCAUUUCGUCCGGGGCCAACAAGGUCUACUUGAAGUCGCUCAACAGGGGCGAAAUCAUGGUUUUCCCCCAGGGGCUGCUCCACUUCCAGUUCAACUCCGGGAAGGGACCCGCGCUCGGGUUCGUGGCGUUCAGCAGCCACAACCCGGGCUUGCAGAUCACCGAUUUCGCGCUGUUCGCCAACGAUUUGCCGUCGGAGGUCGUGGAGAAGGUCACGUUCUUGGAUGAUGCCCAGGUGAAGAAGCUCAAGGGGGUCCUCGGUGGCAGUGGCUGA